CUACAUAUGAUGCAUGCUAAGCAACUAAAAUAAAAAUAAUCAUAUAUAAAAACAUCAGCAAUAUUUUUAGUCUGCCUUGAGAUUGGUAGGUGGAAUCAGCAGGAAGUUCUGCUUUCCUCUUAUUAUUGGGAGAGAGAAAAAAAAAACAAAAAAUAGAGAGAGAAAGAAAAUAUCACCUUAGGGUUUUGAUUCUAAACCCUAAAUUGCUAAGGUCUCUCGCUCUCUCAUCGAAACCAAAGCAACGUCCGCCGCGUCUCUUAUAUUCUUUGGGUAACUCCUCUACCGUCGAAACGAAACCAUGUCCCUGAUCACCGGUGAAAGAUUAUUCCCCGUGCCCACCACCAUAGCAGCCCAGUUUCGUCAAACGGUUGUCAUGUGGGUCAUAAAGGACGAAGAAAUCCCUACGGUUGACGAAUUUUGGUCGACGUAUGAGAAUAUCGAACCAUGUCUCCAGGAGGAGGGUAUUCGUGGGAUACCGAACUUCGAGGUUCACAUCGUUGAUCCGAAUAAGGAACCGUCAGAAGCAGAUUUGGAUCCUUAUUUCCAUACUCCCAUCCUAAUCAAUUGUGAUCCUGGAGAUAAUGAAGAUGAUAGAUUUGACAGGAUAGUACUAAACAUUCUUCUGUUAGCAUUGGGACCCGAUCCAUAUAAUUUUGUGAUAAUCUCAAAAAACAAAGACUUUGUACUAAACAAAGACUUUGGACAAGGCACCAACUUCUCCAGUGUAUGUGACUCUUUAAGAGAGAUGGGUGUCCAGAUUGCUGUAGCACAUCCUGAUCAUUUCAAAGACUUUGAUAGAAGAAUCUCACAGACGGAAGUCGCGCCCUUUUGAAUCUCUGUUAUGCGCACCAAAGCCGAAGAAACUCACAAACGGAAGUCCCCGCUCUUUUGAAUCCCUGUUAAGUGACGACGACUAAUGUUAAAUUUCAGUACUUUCUUAUGAUCGGUUUAUAUUAAACAAUCUUUUGUGUACGCAAGACCAUUCUUGAAUCAAAUACGUAUGUCGUCAUAUCGUAUGUA